GUCAAACUUCAUUUCCCUACAAGAUUGCAUGUAACUUUUAAUGUUUCAUUCCCCGAGUUCAACCACUAAGAUGCGGCCGCAUCAGAUCGAACAUAAUUAUUUAAUGUGAAACGACAUUUGGCAUCUUGGAGUAAUCAUUACAACAUUUUAGAAAACCCCUCUCAUUAAUAUUGUAGUUACCAAUAAAGUUAUCACCAACUCGACAAAGUCUACCUAAGUCGACAGCAUGAAGUGAACCCUGCUAAAGCCAGCAACACCAAUCCACCUAAUUUGACACUAGUACCUGCCUAAGUCGGCAACACGAAACAAAGUUUGCCUGAACCAAUAAAGACUCGUGCAUCAAACCCCGCUAAGAUAAGGUCGCGACAUAGUCCGCCUAAUCCACCUGCAUGGUCAAAGACGACCGCAUGCAACCCAAUUGGACGAGCACAUACAACCCAAUUGAACGACCACAUACAACCUAGUUGAACUACCAUAUUCAUCGCAGUUGGACGACCAAUCCACUUGUAAACCUUAAAGCCAACCACAACUCCGCCAAAGAGUCAUUAAUAAUCACAAUAAGUACCUCUCACACGAUAAUCAAACUUCUGAGACUGGGAGGCUUAUGUACAUACUCAACCCAUUAAAUAUGUUAUGUCAUAUGGCCCUACAUGACUCAUUCAACUUAGCUAACCUAAAGUGAUUAGAGAGUAUUUUAAUAUAUAUUUCCUGGUAAAUAUUUAUAUAUUAAUAAUAUAUGCUGUCUAAUUUUAGUAGUUUGAUUAUAUCGUAAUAUUUUUUAAUACCAUAUAUUUACAUAAUAUUUGGUAAAUCAGAUGAGGUGUUACAUUAUUACUGUUAUUUUACUAAUUAUUCAAUAUACAUAGUAUUUCAUUAAGAAAUACUCAUUCACCCAUACUCAUUCUUCUUUACAAAAAGUAUUCAAAUUCUUUUAACGUAAGAAAAAUUUUGUAUAUAAAACUUUCAUAAAUACACAUAAAAGUUUCUCAAUCCAUCAUAUAUUGUCAACUAGAAAGUCUACUCUCAUUAUUCUCUUCAAAACAAAGAUAAAUUUAUAUUUCACUUUUAGAGUAGAGUGAAAUUGUUAUUAUUUAACUUUUGAAACCUCUUUAUAAUAUAAAUAUAAAAAUACGAAUAAUAGUUCAAUUUUUUUAUGUAAAUGUAUUAUAAUGUACAUUACGUUAAAAUUAUAAAAAAAUAUCAAAAUUGUUAGAUUUUAUCCUUUAAGAAAUGAGACCUAAUUUUGUUAUAAAUCUUUCUAAGAAUUGGUGUCACUAUUCCACUAAAAAAACGUUGAAAAGAAAAAUAUAGAAAAGAUUGUGAGUUCAGAUAUUCCACUAAAAAAAUCUAUACGAUGACUGUCACUAUUAAAGCAAAUAACGCCAAAUAUUAUUAUGAACAUAUGACCCAGUUGUGAUUUAGCCAAAAGUCUAAACAGGAUUUGUUGAAAUUAUUUAUUAAAAAAAAAACUAUACUCUUAUUUACUGAAACACCGUAUACACAAAUUAAAUAUAUUCUAAAAAUAUAUUUAAAAUAUAAACUAUUUAUGAAUAUAAACAGUCGAUAAUUUGUCGUAAUUUACACGUGUGACUUUAAGAUAUAAAGCUCUUUCUUUUACCUAUACAAUCCACACUUAUUUAACUUAUUCCUUUAUUACCCCCUCAAUAUGUGUAUAUUGUUAUAUAUAAACCAGGUCACAUAACCUAUCAUAAAAUUAUUUGUGAAAAAAUAAACUUAGACACUCACAUAUUAACGUAUACAAAUGAAAAUUUAGUGAUAUUAAAAUGUAUUACAAAAGAUAAGCAUCAAAUCCUUGUUCAACGAUUUUUAUUCAUGAGUGUAGGAGUGAAUAAAACGCUGUAAACAGCAGAUCAUACUCCUCUCCAAUCUGUAAUGCUUCACCCUCAUCCACUUUGGUACAAAAAAAUCAUAAUCUAUGCAUUAAUAUAUCAAGUACAAAAAAAUCAUAAUCUAUGCAUUAAUAUAUCAAUCUUGAUACUAUACUAUAUACUAUAUACUAUAUAUAUUUCUCCCUGCGAAAGGUAAGAGUGUGUUUAUAUACUAUAUAUAUUUCUCCCAACUAAAGGUAAGAGUGUUUUCUCCUUCUCAGGCUUCAUCCGUUGACUACCAAAUGGAACAACUCAAGCCAAGCGCUGCUAACUCUUCUCCUCUCACACCGCUAGGUUUCUUGGACAGAGCCGCCACCAUUUACGGCGACGUCCCUUCCAUUGUCUACAACCACACAACCUUUACCUGGGCCCAAACCCACCGCCGAUGCCUCCAGCUCGCCUCCGCCAUCUCCUCCCUCGGAAUCCGCCGCGGCAGCGUCGUCUCCGUCGUCGCUCCCAACAUCCCCGCCAUGUACGAGCUCCAGUUUUCCAUCCCCUUCGCCGGUGCUAUCCUCAACAACAUCAACCUCCGCCUCGACGCCCGCACCAUCUCCGUCAUCCUCCGCCAUGCGAACUCCGCGCUCGUCUUCGUCGACUGCGCCUCACGCGACCUCGUCCUCGAAGCCUUGUCCCUCUUCCCUAAACACCACACUCAACGCCCACUACUGGUUCUCAUCGCCGACGACAGUGUCGAAAACGCAGACGUCUCAUGCUCCGGUGAUUUCGUUGACACAUACGAGGGCCUGGUGAGCAAGGGCGAUCCGAACUUCGAAUGGGUACGGCCUAUAUCGGAGUGGGACCCGAUGAUUCUUAACUACACCUCAGGAACGACGUCGUCUCCGAAAGGGGUUGUUCACUCCCACAGAGGAAUAUUCUUAGUCUCCGUCGACACGCUUAUCGAUUGGGCUGUUCCCAAGAGACCGAUUUAUCUCUGGACGCUCCCGAUAUUCCACGCUAACGGGUGGAGCCUCCCGUGGGGUAUCGCUGCCUCGGGCGGCACCAACAUCUGCGUCCGCAAGUUUGACGCGGGGAUUAUUUACUCUCUCAUAAAACGCAACCACGUGACACACAUGUGCGGCGCACCGGUGGUGCUCAGCAUGUUGACAAACUCCCCGGACAACAAACCAUUGGAGAGGCCAGUUCAUAUACUCACGGCGGGAGCGCCGCCGCCAGCAACGGUGCUCCAUCGGACGGAGGCGCUCGGGUUUGUGGUGAGCCACGGGUACGGGUUGACGGAAACCGCGGGGUUGGUGGUGUCAUGCGCGUGGAAGGAGAAGUGGAACCGGCUUCCGGCGACGGAUCGGGCGCGGCUGAAGGCGCGGCAGGGGGUGAGGACAGUGGGGAUGGCGGAGGUUGACGUGGUGGGUCCCAUCGGAGAGAGCGUGAAGCGCGACGGGGUGAGCGUCGGGGAGAUUGUGAUGAGAGGAGGGUGCGUGAUGUUGGGAUACCUUAAAGACCCCGAAGGAACCGCGAAUUGUUUUAAAAACGGGUGGUUCUACACAGGGGACGUCGGGGUGAUGCACGAGGAUGGGUACUUGGAAAUUAAGGACAGGUCAAAAGAUGUGAUCAUAAGCGGCGGCGAGAACCUGAGCAGCGUGGAGGUGGAGUCGAUUUUGUACGGGCACCCGGCGGUGGUGGAGGCGGCGGUGGUGGCGCGACCGCAUGAGUAUUGGGGAGAGACGCCGUGCGCGUUCCUGAGCUUGAAGGCGGGGUUGAAAGAGAAACCCAGUGAAGAUGACAUAAUAAAGUACUGCAGGGAGAAGAUGCCGCAUUAUAUGGUUCCGAAGACAGUGGUUUUCAAGGAUGAACUUCCGAAGACAUCGACGGGGAAGAUCCAGAAGUUUCUCCUGAGGCAGAUCGCGAAGGAGAUGGGUUCUUCAAUGCAAAGUCGAAUGUGAACACUACAAACUAGAGCUUCCGUCCAAAACUAGUGUCAUUAUCGACCUUUCCUUACCUUUUACCUUUUUACUGUCUUUAGCUUUCACCAUUUGUUUCUUUAUUCAUGAUCCACAGAUACGCUUGAAUUCACAGUACCAUGGUAAAGCUGUCCCCGAGCUGUUUUUACUGUACCUUAUCAUCAUCCUUGUUUUUUUCUAAUUAAUAUAAAUAUUUUUAAUCAAA